GCUGCGCCGGGGAGCGCACGGCUCGGCUCGGCUCCAAUCCGCCGCUGCUGCUGAGACCCCGCUUGGCAUCGCCGGCUGUGCUCCCGGGAGCCUCCCGCGCCUGCUGCGACCAGGCCUAAGCUUCCGGUCCGGAGUCAAGAGCCCUGCCUGGGAAAGAGAAGGGCCCCCUCCCAGGAGGCAGCCAGCAAUCCCCAGAGACCCAGACCAAAGAGGCUAGGAAGAGCUUCGUUACCUUAAAACAAAACUCUGAUUUGGGAUUUAACCCUUCCUCUGGGUGUUCAGCCCCCAGAGCCCUACAGGAGAAUCUGGAAGUGAAACUGACUAGAAACAAACUGGAAACUCACUAGUCUGGUUAUUGACUGAGACCAGGAAGAUGCAGCCAGAGGGCAUGGAGAAGAGGAAAUGAGGGGCCAGAUUUUCAGCUGGGUGGACAAGUCAUUCAUCUAUCACAGACACCUCCGGAAGAACGAUGGGCCAAGCCAGCAUGUCUCACACACCGUAGAGCUGCCCUGGGUGGGCUCUGCUCCACCCCACCCCAAGACCUCAGAGUUGUUUGAGAUGAUUGAAAAGAUGCAGGGAAGCAGAAUGGAUGAACAGCGAUGCUCCUUCCCACCCCCUCUCAAGACCGAAGAGGAUUAUAUCCCAUAUCCCAGCGUCCACGAGGUGCUGGGGCGCGAGGGGCCAUUCCCCCUCAUCCUGCUUCCACAGUUCGGGGGCUACUGGAUCGAAGGCACCAACCAUGAGCUGACCAGCAUCCCCGAAACCGAGUCGCUCCCCUCUCCAACCUCCAAGGUGAAACUGGAAUGUAACCACAUGGCCAGGAUCUACAGGAAGCAUUUCCUGGGCAAGGAGCACUUUAACUACUACUCCCUGGACACGGCACUGGGCCACCUCGUCUUCUCCCUCAAGUAUGAUGUAAUUGGUGACCAGGAGCACCUGCGGCUGCUGCUCAGGACCAAGUGCCGAACCUACCAUGACGUCAUCCCCAUCUCCUGCCUGACCGAGUUCCCCAACAUCGUGCAGAUGGCCAAGCUGGCGUGUGAGGACGUGAACGUGGAUCGGUUCUAUCCGGUGUUGUACCCAAAGGCCUCCCGUCUCAUUGUCACCUUCGACGAGCACGUCCUCAGCAAUCACUUCAAGUUCGGUGUCAUCUACCAGAAGUUGGGCCAGACGUCCGAGGAGGAGCUGUUUGGCACCACCGAGGAGAGCCCGGCCUUCGUGGAGUUCCUCGACUUCCUGGGCCAGAAAGUCCAGCUGCAGGAUUUCAAGGGGUUCCGGGGGGGGCUGGACGUGACCCAUGGCCAGACGGGAACAGAAUCCGUCUACUGCACCUUCCGCAGCAAGGAGAUCAUGUUCCACGUAUCCACAAAGCUGCCCUACACCGAGGGCGACGCCCAGCAGUUGCAGAGGAAAAGGCACAUCGGGAACGACAUUGUGGCCAUCGUCUUCCAGGAUGAGAACACGCCCUUCGUGCCAGACAUGAUCGCCUCCAACUUCCUGCAUGCCUACAUCGUGGUGCAGGCAGAGAAGCCCUGCUCCGAGAGCACGCUCUACAAGGUCUCCGUCACAGCCCGGGACGACGUGCCUUUCUUUGGCCCCCCACUGCCUGACCCAGCCGUCUUCAGAAAGGGCCUCGAGUUCCAGGAGUUUCUGCUGACCAAGCUGAUCAACGCCGAGUACGCCUGCUACAAAGCCGAGAAGUUUGCCAAGCUGGAGGAGCGCACGCGGGCAGCUCUGCUGGAGACGCUGUAUGAGGAGCUGCAUGUUAACAGCCAGUCCAUGAUGGGUCUGGGCGGGGAUGAGGACAAGCUGGAGAAUGGCAGCGGGGGUAGCGGAGGCUUCUUCGAGUCCUUCAAGCGCGUGAUCCGCAGCCGCAGCCAGUCCAUGGAUGCCAUGGGCCUCAGCAGCAAGAAGCAGAACACGGUGUCCACCAGCCACAGCGGCAGCUUCGGCCACAACAACCCAGACAUGGCCAAAACAGCGGGCAUAUCAUUGCUUGUCCCUGGAAAAGCGCCAAGUAGGUGCGGACGUCGAGGCAGCGCCAUAGGGAUAGGAACCAUAGAAGAGUCGCUGAUUGUUCCUGGGAAGAGCCCGACACGGAAGAAAUCCGGCCCCUUCAGCCCCCGGAGGAGCAGCGCCAUCGGCAUCGAGAACAUCCAGGAGGUGCAGGAGAAAAGGGAGAACCCAGCAGGCCCCCAGAAGACGCCUGACAGCGGCCACGUGUCCCAGGAGCCCAAGUCGGAGAACUCAUCCAACCAGAGCUCUCCAGAGAUGCCCACCACGAAGAACAAGGGGGAGCCAGCAUUGCAGAGGCCUGAGGUGCUGCGGGAUUUCUCACGCUCGUCAUCUAGCGCCAGCAGCUUCGGCAGCGUGGUGGAGGAGAACGAGGGUGCUGACGAUGACACGGGCGCGGAGAGCCAGGCCUUGGGAACGCCCCACAAGCAAGACUCCUUCAUCUACAGCACGUGGCUGGAUGACAGCCUCAGCACUGCCAGCGGGGGGAGCUCUCCAGGACCCUCCCAGUCUCCCCAGCCUGAGCCCAGGAAACCUGGAGACGCUGCCUGUCCGGAGAUCAAAAUCCAGCUUGAGAGGUCUGAGCGGCACACGCCCCACCUGCCUGGAGAAGACGGGGAUUCUCACGGCCUGUGCCCAGCGCCCUCGCCCCACUCUCCUUCACCUGCAGCACCCACACAAGAAGCACAAGCUGAAGGGCUUGCGGAGGGCCCCGACCUUUGUCACAGCCGAAGACGACUGGCCCAUCGCCGAAGCCAGCAGCCAAAGCCUGUGGCCUAGAUGGCCAGGCCAGCUCCCUCCUUCCCUUCCCACAUUGCGUCCAGGCGCUGGCUGCCUGAGAGCCGGAGCUGGCACACUUGGAAGGUCCCACCACAUGGCCGAGGAGGCAACAGGCCAUCCGCCCACGCCCAAAGCCUCUCCCGCAAGCAAUCGAGACCUUGGAAGAGAUUCCCGGUGGCCCUGCCCAUCGUGUCCCCAGUCCCCAGUCCCCACCCAGCUCGGCCUGCUCUGCACUUUGCUGAUGGGACACUUGGUCCAUGCCCAGCCCUUGGACCCUGGGACAUGCCCUGCAGCCCAAGGCACCUGGCAGGCCUUGAAGGAACCUCGCCAGAGAGGAAGCCAUUUGUACCCAGGCACCCAGCUGCCAGGAAUGAUGCCAUGGUGUGUUAGAGCCCAGCAACUCCCCACUGAUGGCCAAUCACCUGUGGCAGCUAGACUCUCCAGCCCCCACCUUUCCCGGCCAGCUGGGUCCCUGUUCCCCACCUGUGGGGCCACGUUGGCCAGUCUUAUCCUGAAAGCCUCCCUCAGGGCCAUCCCUGAGAGUCUGACCCAGCCCCGGAGGAGGAAGGGUGGCACGUAGAUGGUACAUAGGUAGAAGGGUGCCUGGGAACCAGCUUAGCGUCACUGGCAGAGCCCAGGCUAGGGAAGAGUCCUGGGGGAAGGAGGAAUUGGGAGACUUGGCAAACUAGAAGUGGGACCCUGGUCCAAGGGAGAAGGUCUGACCCUGGCCCUGGCCUGGAAGGCCAUGCCUCCAACUGCACUGCCAGCCCCCCUGCAGCUCUCCGACAGGCUGGCCGGUCUGCAGGGAUGUAGCCAGCACCUGGCCCUUGCCAGUGGCAGGUGUAUAUACCCCCUUCUACCCCCAUCUGUACACAGCCACCUACCAUGGCCUUGAACAGCAGCCAUGGCGCUGGGUUGAUGCCCAGGGUGUGGAGGAAAGAGCCAGGCCUGGAAUGGCUCUGCCCUGCCAGAGGGAGGGCUGCUUCCCCCUUCCCUUCACUGCUGCAUGCCAGACUGGUUUGCAGUGAGGGUGUGGCUGGCCUGGGCAUGGAGGCAAAAGCCAGGGAUGUCUGUGCCCCAGUGCUGUGGGACACUAGCCCAGACUUUCAGCAUCCUCUGUCGGUAGUGCCCCCCCCACUGGUAACAUAUGGCUGCGCAGUGCCCCUCUGCAGAGUGCCCUCACUGUGGCACCCUAUGUCCCAGCUGCUCCAUGAGCUUGGCAGCGUGCGGAGAGGGGGAGGGGCCUUCACCUGGGCCCCAGCACAAGGGCUCCCUGUGCACACUGCUCCCCUCCUGCCCUUAGUGAUGCCCAUACACUCCACAAACACCACUGUAGCUCUAAACCGUGGCCAGCAGGGGGCGCCCCAGCCCCCACUCUGUUCUUAGCACCCUGGAAGUAGAGUCCUGCAGAGAGCAUGGGCUAGUGAUGCCAGCCAGGGCUGCGGGCUGGGUGGGGCAUGCGAAUGGCUGGGGGAGCAAUGCGGGGGCAGUGCCUUCAGACUGGGGUCUGAGAGAGAGCUCAGCUGCAUUAGGCUUCACGACUGCUCAGCUCUGGGGCACCCAGGCCUGAUCGGGGUGGAAUCAGAGCCUGACGGCCUUAGAGUACAUUUAUCCCAAAGAGCCAUGGUGCACUGAUAGACCCAUUGCAGCCACACGGGUUAACCCCGGCUCCUGCUGCAGGUGACUGGCCAGCUAGCUGACAUGCUGCACCAGUAGCCCAGAGGCACAAGGGAGGUUCAACAGGCCUGGGCGGAAAAAGCCAAUUCAUUUUUUCAGGGAUUUUUUAAAAAAAUAUUUUUUUCCCCAAAAAGCUUCCUGCACUAUUUUUUUGGUUUUUGUUUUUGAUGAAAAAAAUUACCCCGAAAUCCCUGAAUAGUGAGUUUUCACAAACACUUUUCUGGUCAAAUUUCCAAUUUUUUGUGAAAAUAUUUUAACCCAGAAAUGUUCCAUUUAUGUUUUUUCAUUGACAGACCGGAACAUUUUGACUAAAGUGACACAGGGGUGCCAGGAGUCCCUAAACCUAGUCAGGGCCCCCCAAAAACUGGGCAGGGGGGGAAAUGUGACCAAAAUAAAAAUUUUCCACCAAAAAAAAUCAUUUUGCUGAAAAAUACCUUUUUUGUUGGAAAAAAACAUUUUUGGGGGCAAAGUCUGCCAGCUGUGAUAUUAACCUCUCCUGUGCCACUGCCCAGGGUUACGGGCAGCACAUGAUGCACUACAAACAGCAGACCUAUGCUGCUCUCUAGCGCAGCUUCCUGGCCGCCACAGGGGUCACCAGCCACUCCGAGUCCAUUAGCUCGUGAAGUAGGAUGACCUUGGUGGGUAGCCAUGGGUCUGUUUUCAGGUGGGGGCAUGCACAGCACAUUGUAAAAAAAAAUAAAAAUUGAAAUGGCUUCCUCUGCGGGCAGGAAGGUACAACUCCAUGAUGUGUAUGUAUUUAAUUUUAAACUGCCUACUGUCUAGGUAAUAUAACUAUGCUGUGAACACCCAGGGGUAUUUUAUGUCUGUGUUGUAUUCAUUUUUUUUAAAGCGACAUAAAAUGCAUUGGAUCCAAUUCUAAAUUAAUGUUCAGAAACUAAUUUUUUUUUAAAAUCCGAGAUUGUGUUUGUGUUUCUGGUGACAUAUGUAUAAAAUAAAGUUCUAUUUAUCGCUAUUGUAA